AGAGUCACACCUUAACUCUUCUUAAAAAUUAUUGGUGAUUUCAUUUUUAUGAGUUGCAAAUGAAAAAGUAAGAUCAUUUUAGAGUAAACUCUAAGAUGAGCAUGUGUGCACAGCUAGGCAUUGUGUUUUCAUCGUGUAUGUUGUGAAGUCAUUUUAUUUCUGUUCAGUGUUCUGUUAAUUUGAGAGAUGUUUUGGUCGUUCUCUCUUUUAGUGUUUUUAGAGUAAUCUUUGAGACCGAUGGUUGCAAAAUAUUUCAUUAGCCUCAAAGGAACUUUUAAAAUUGCUAUUUUCCCCCCAAGUCUUUUAACAUUAUUGGUCUCUCCUCAAAUAGUCACUCUGAAAAGCACUACCUGUUUCCAUUUUUUUCUUUGUGUUUGAGAGCUAGAAUUAGACCCUAUAACCCAAAAUUCCCUUCAUGUUUAUAACCUUGUGAUUUGGAACUGAUAGAUUUUGUUAAAUUUUUUCUUAUUGCUAGUUUGUUAGUAGAUCUAUGCUGAAGCCUGAGUUUUACAGCUUUUUAGUAUGUAGGGCUUUUGUGUGGGCUUAAUUAAACAUUUCCAUGUGGAGCUUUCUAGAUUUUUGGUGAAAUCACUCCCUUCUCUGGGUUCACAGUGCCAUUCAGGAUUACUGUUUUGUCUGUUGGCUUUAUGUAUUUCCAUGUCUGUCUGUCUCUCCCUCUUGCCUAGUCUCAGGCUUCACUUUUUGUAUUUGCCCCAGUGCAUAUACAGAGCUGGGGCAUAAUAAGACUUGAAAUAUUGUUGAAUGACUGAAUGGGUAAAUGAAUAAUUAAAUGGCUGAGUGGAUACACCCAAAGAGACUCCUCAGACCUGUAUGGGAAGCCAUUAUGCAAACAGAGGGUCCUUCCUUCCUCCCUCCUUUCCUUAAGUCAUUGCUUUUCCAUUGUUAUCUAUUAUUUUUGAGUAGGAUAACAAUAUAAUUCCCAAACUGGGAUACUUUUGAGACAUGAAGGGGGUACUGUAAACAAUUAUGCCAGGGCACUGGAGGCUAUGACCUGAGACAUGUGGCCACUCGACUUUUGAAGGACAUUCUUUAUUUACCUCUGAUGCUAUCUAUCAUCUUGCCUGAGAAAUUUGACACACUUGCUAGUUACUGUUUGCAAACUUUUCUAUUUGUAGAAGCCUCAUUUGCAGUCAAUUGUUGGGUGUCUUUUGCUUAGUCACUCAUGGUCUCCCUCUCCAGAGGCCUGUAGACAGCUCUUGACCGUGCUUAAUUUUUCUUAUUUUCAUUGCUUACAGGGUAAUGUCACUGGGCUUUCUAUUUGUUACAGCUGCUUAUAGCUGAAAGCAUUAUAUACUCUAUAUAAUGCUUCGCUCUGUUUAUUUGAAUUUGUUUUUCUAUGCAGCAUUUAGUCUACCCUGUAAGGAUUUCACAUGAGUUCUUUUCCUUCUUGCUGAUUGUUUUUUGAGAGGUGAUCCAUUGAACAAGCUUUCAUGUUCAAAACAGUGGCCAGAAUUGAUUGCAGGUGUUAGAGAUUUAUAGAUUUUUAAAGUAUUCUAAAGAUGUUAUUUCAAAAGUAUAUUUUGAGAAUGUUAAUAUUACAAUGUUUUGUUUCUAAUGGGAGAUGGGUUACUAUAAUGUUUUUAGUGGAUUCCUUUAUAGGCAAUCUCUUUAAAAAAGAAUAAUUCUUUUAGUUUCUGGCCCUGUUCUUUUAAUUUUUUUCUUAUUUUCAUCAUCUUCAUCAUUUUCUUCUUAGCAUCUGUGCACAGAUAGCAGGCAAUUACACACAAACCAGUAAGCAGAGUCAGAAAUCAGUAAAAAAUGAGAAGUGGAAUGGAGCCUCCUGCACCUUGGGUUUGCCCUCUGUGGCUCUCUUGGUGGAAAGGACUUUGGGGAGUCUUCUUACACCUUUACCUCCCCAGUAUCUGGAAUAGAGCAGAGAAAUUAUUAUGCCUGUGUUCCCUUGGGUCUCAUUGGAAAUUGUACAGUGACAUCUUCUGGGAUUUAGUCUGGGGUGUGCAGACUGGUGCCUAAAAUGGAAGUAGAUGUUAAUGGAGAGUCCAGAAGUACCCUGAGCACCCUGCCCUUGCCCGUGGCCGAGGUGAGCUCCCCGGGGAAGGCAGAGGCAGAGAAGCCCCGCUGCUCCAGCACGCCAUGCUCGCCGAUGCGCCGGACGGUAUCAGGCUACCAGAUCCUCCACAUGGACUCGAACUAUUUGGUUGGCUUCACAACUGGUGAGGAACUCCUGAAGUUAGCCCAGAAGUGCACAGGAGGUGAAGAGAGUAAGGGAGAAGCCGUGCCUUCCUUGCGCUCCAAACAGCUGGAUGCAGGACUUGCACGGUCCUCUCGUCUGUAUAAAACCAGAAGUCGGUACUACCAGCCAUACGAGAUUCCAGCUGUCAACGGCAGGAGGCGAAGGCGGAUGCCCAGCUCAGGAGACAAGUGCACUAAAUCUUUACCUUAUGAACCUUAUAAGGCCCUCCAUGGGCCUCUGCCUCUUUGUCUUCUUAAAGGUAAGAGGGCUCACUCCAAAUCUCUGGACUACCUCAAUCUAGAUAAAAUGAACAUCAAGGAGCCAGCCGACACAGAAGUGCUACAGUAUCAGCUUCAACACCUAACCCUCAGGGGGGACCGUGUGUUUGCUAGGAAUAAUACAUGAAUGGCCCGCAGAGUGUGUAAACCAGUUUAGGGCAGCCUGCACUCGGCUAGAAAAACCCAGUGUUGUACUCUGUACAGGACUCUUCACAUUCUAGAUGGUUAUAUCAGCUAAGUGUUCCAGGAACAUCAAAAUUGUUUGGAUCAAAUUUUGAAUACAGAAAUAAAAUCACAGGUACUUGGGGGAGAAAUUGUUCUAGAGCACGCAACUACAGAGAAAAUAGAAUGUUGAUCAUUAGUUCAUGUAGCUUUUUAGCUAGGAAAAAGAGGCUUUGGUACGGUAAGAUCUUUAUGAUUCUGACUCUUGAAUUGGGAAUGCUGUCUGCUCGGUGGUUGCUGACUUGAUUCAUUAGAAAUUUAUAUCUUAAGUACUCAAGUACUUUAAUCUCUGUAUUUUACUAUAAAAUGUAUGUAAUGAUUUGUUUUAUGAAAUUUAGAACUUGAACAUUGCUGAAUUGGACCACUUUUUAUUUUUGAAUAUUGAGUUUAAAUAUUUUAUAACUGGUUUUGCACUGAAAAAAAAAUUCAGAUUGACGAGAAUAAUCUUUCUUCACUUGACUCAAUAAUAUUAUUGAGCAGUGGAUUUUUUAUUUCCGCAUGGAAAGUUACUGAUCUCUAUGGCUGUAAAAUAUUUCUUUAUAGCAUUAUUAACAUGUGUCUUAAUAAAAUUAAAUUUGGGAUACAAAGUAUUUAUUUUACAAUAGGUGGGGUGGGGGUGGGAAGCUUUUCCAGAAAGUUUCCAAUGUGAAUUUUUCAUAAGUUGAAAAAGUUUCCUUUGGGCUUAUUUUCUAAUUUAAAAUUCAUCUGGAACUUAAAAAUGGAAAGGAUUCUUUUAGUUGUGGAUUAUAGGCAUAAAACUGUUUGCAUAUGAAUGUCCUGUAAGUGAAUGGAACUUUCCUAGAGGAACUCAUAAUUUCUACUCAAAUAAGUAUGAAGUGAUACCAUUCAGCAUGGCAUUGGGUCAUUCCAGUUUUAGUUUUUUGCAGCGUAAGCACUCACUGAAAUUCCAGUUUCUAGGAUUAGUGUAGGAGCCUAAAAAUGCUUCUACAGUUUUAAUGGGUUAAUCCUGGAUUACUUAACAAUUUAUGUCAAUUGCACUGGUUUAAUUUGUUGCUAAAGAAAUAUUGCCCUGGCUUUAGUAACAAAUACAGCUCAACUAUUCUUGAAUAUAUUUUGGGAAAAAAAAAAUGUAUGUAAACUUACCUUUUGUAAAACGUUCUAUUUUCUUUUUUGACUCUUGAAGGUGCAAUUUAUUACUUACUGAAUUGGCAUUUCUGGCAGCAUAGAACUGCUUAUUUAAAAUUUUAUUUCUGGGGCUGUGAGUUUCUUAGGUGUUAGCACUCUUGCUUAUAAAAUAAGAACACCUUUUAAUUAAUGAGUGGGCCGUUCCUGGUGCACUUUUCUUUAGCCAGAAUGAAUGGCAAACUAUUUAGAGUGGAAUAAGUACUAGAAAACCCUAGGAACUCUUAAUCAACAUUUAUUAUACUUCACUGAGGCAAAACACGUGAAAGAACCUUGGUGAAGUUGGCCCACCUCUUACCGAGUUGAUCAAAUUUCUUAGUGGGCUGGACAUUUUCAGCUGUUGAUACUUUAACAUAAAUUGCACCUUUGUAACAUAUUGUAUUGACGAAUGAUCACUAAGAUUAACUAUCUCUAUACAGUCAUUAGUUUGACAAGAAAUAGAAUCCUGUCAGAUGCCAAAGAGUUGGAAUUUUACGUUUAAUGAUUAAACAUCGUUAUUUAUUGAUGAUUUACCCUGUGGAACUGUACUGUUUCUAACUAUGAAAUAAAAGGGUGAUGUAAACACACAUUGUUGUGUGGUGCUUUGAACAAGGUCAACUAUCAGUAGGCUAGUUACUGUUCAAGAAUUUCACCUAUGCACUUAUUUUUAGGCCCCAUUUUUGUUUAAAAAAAUUACUUUUGGUGCUCUUCCACCUUUCAAGGUAUAGGAGGUAUUCAUGGCCAUGACUGUGUUCUGUGUCCCUGUGAGAGCUGUCCCUGCCUGUGCGCCUAAAUACCUUUUUGAGCAAAAUAAAAAUACAUAG